UUUAACUUUGUGUCGGGCCUGAGAAUUAGGGUUUAUGGGUAAGGGCAAAGCGAGGCGGAGGCGGCAGCACAACUAUGAGGCGGCGCACAGGACAGGUCUGGAGCUUGCGCCUCCGCCAGUGAUGAAGGAUGUGGACGCGAUUCCCAGUAAGCUUCGCGCGAUCAUGAAAAUCAUGGAUCCUCGCGGGGGCAAGCAGCCAAUAUCAGCUGGCAAAGUUGAGAAUGCAACAGCAGUGAAGAAAGAUGCGGUAGGGGCUCCUUCCACCGAUCAAACUCCGGCUGAUGCAAGUAAGCCCGGAUCCAAAAAGAGGAGGCGAAACAACACCGGCUUGGACGAGUUUGCCGAGAAGCUGAAAGCCGAGAACGAUGGAGGCAAGAGUCGGGAGCGACGCAAGAAGUUUCUCAAGGAGAGGAAGGAAAAGAAGAAGCAAAAGCAGCUGGAUGCCAUAGACCACAGCCUCCAGCAACUGUACAAGCACGAACAAGUCACGUUUGGAGAGGUUGCUCAAGCUCCCCCAAAGCUACCUCGGCUGCGCAAGAAGGAUGAAGAUGCCGCUGGGCCAUCGCUGGUCUCGCAGGAGCGCCGGAGGCUCCAAGCGGUGGAGGCGUAUAGAAUGAAGAGGGACUGGCAGUCGAGGCCUGGCUCACGACUUGACUCGAAUCUGAGCUAAGUUUUUUUCCUCUUUUCCUUCCUUUUCUAGAGAAUCCCAGGAACUUCGAGCCAGCGCUCUCUCUGUCAACACAAGCGAGCUAGGCAGGCAAAAAAUGCCAAGCCAAGCAGAAGGGAAAAAGAGAAGGAAAAAAAAAGUGAGGCUCCACUUACGCGUGGUCGAGCUGAUGUCCUUCACGCUGUCCUCUACGUACGAUGGGGGUGGAAUCUUUUGCGGAAAUUUUCGAAAGCGGACACUUAUUGUCCUGGUGCUGAGAGGAUGGACGAUGAUUUGGAUGGCUUACGUAAGGUCGGCAAGCAUUCGCAUGACAAUAGCGAAAGGGAAAGCAAAGCAUGCUAGAAACUACCCGAGUUUGUUUAGAAAUGGAUGUGUCAAAAGCAAUGCUAGAUAUGCUCCAAUUUCCAGCAUUUUCCAGUA